AUGUUCGAGGCCAAACUUGCAAACGCCGGACUUCUCAAGAAAAUCGUGGAAUCGAUCAAGGAUUUGGUCACCGAUGCACCAUUUGAUUGCUCCGAAACUUCUAUGAGUCUUCAAGCCAUGGAUUCAUCUCAUGUGGCUUUUGUUUGCUUGAAAUUGAAUGUGAGUUUGGGUCUGAAAAUGGGGGAUUUUCGGAUGAAAAGUGUGUACAACUCCUACUUUAUUUCCAAUUUCAGGCUAGAUUUUUCGACACGUAUCGAUGCGAUCGCCCCAUCAAUUUGGGACUCUCAUUGGCCAAUAUGUCAAAAUACUUGAAACAAGUCAGCAAUGAUGACACUUGCAUGUUGAAAUACGAUGAAAAGAAGAGCGAGCAGAUUGGGUUCAUAUUCGACGGCCGAAACAGCAAAGAAACGGAAUGGACUCUCAAACUGAUGAAUAUUGACAGCGUCGCCUGGCAAAUUCCAAAUGAAGAAUAUUCGGUUGUUUGUGAGAUGCCAGCUGCCGAGUUUCAAAAGGCUUGCAAAGAAUUGACCACAUUUUCCGAUACGAUGAACAUCAAAGCAACUAGAGUGAGUAUUUAUACACGUUUUGUUGAAAAUUGGCUUACAAUUAGCUCAUCAGAAACAUAGAAAAUUCGAUGAAAAAUUCCGAAAAAACAAGACUCCGCGUUGACGCGUGCGCGCGGGAUGUUUGAAUUUACCUGAUUUGUAUUGUUCAUUCAAUGGGAUCUGAUAAUUUAUGUCUUGAAGCACUUUAUGAUGCUCUCUAACUAGAAUUUUCAAGCAAAAUUAUCUAUAACAGGUCAGGGAACGAGUUUUCAAGAGAAAAUUGGGUUUUUUGACGUUAUAACGAAUUUAGCAAAAUUCACAUAUCCUUUUUCUUUUUCCAGACUGCGAUCACUUUUACUGGAAAAGGAGAUAUUGGUUCAUCAGUGGUGACAUAUUCUCCAUCUUCGUCAACCGAUGAUGAAAAUGACGCGAUUUCAUUGGAAGUCAAACAUCCAGUAAACGUCAAUUUCUCAAUCAAAUAUAUGAAUCAAUUCACAAAAGCCACAACUUUGGGUGAUCGAGUUCGUCUUUGGCUUUCGAAUGAUGCUCCGGGUAUUGUUGAAUAUCCGAUCGAGAACAAUGGAUUUUUGAAAUUCCAUUUGGCCCCACAAAUCUGUGAUGACGAUAAUCUGGAUUAA